UCACUGCAAGGUAAUCCCUGUUCUCAGUCUAUUGUGAUCAAAUGUUGAUCUACAGGUCAUAUUAAGUCUCUUGGAAUGUAAAACUUUGCACAGAAGGAUUCAGUCUCCUGCACUUACUGUUUCCAUGAAAUUUUGGCAUCUAGCAAUAAAUUUAGAGUCCUUUGGUCACCGAAGUUUGAUUACUGUGAAAAUUUCUUGCUUCUUACACUGUUAGCUGAGGUUAGACCAAGGGCAUCCUUAAUCACAUCAACAUGCAGGAAACCCUGAGUAAGCAAGCCAUGAAUUUCUUGUUCUGCCCUAAUUGUAGUAUGUGUAAGUUUAAGAAAUGCUUUAUGCUGUUACAGUACUGUACAUCCAAACUAAAGAGACAGCUGUGAACUCAGCAGGGGACUAGACGGCUAUUGGUUCUUUGGCUGGUAUGACAUGAAGCUCAGGAAUGUGCCUGUCAUUACAGGCACCUCACGGUUGGCCUCUCCUGGCCCUGUAUUAGCGGGCUGAUUGGGAUGCGUUCAGAAGAAAGGCUUUGUGCAGACACUCCACAGCCAGAUGAAUAACUGACUCCAAUGCAGCCAAAACUCUAGCGGUAUCCCCUUGUGUCCAAUAUGACAUUAAACAAAGUGCGAUUUCCAUUAGAUAGAGAGGAAAGCAAGCUGGAUCAGAUAAGAUCUUGUUGGACAUUGCGCUGAAUAUCUCUCCUUAAACACUUACUCUUGUCUCUUUGAAUAACAACAGCUGACAGGAUGGUUUUAGAAUGGGUUUUCUUUCUAAAAUAAGAGCUUUACAAAUUUCUACAAGUUUACAAAUCUUUUUGCCUGCUUUACCUUUUUGUGGCAGCAAGAAAAAUGCAAUUAUGAGAGCGUUAAUGCCUAGGAAUGGCCUCCUGUCUGGAAUGCAUGGAUGAGAAGUUGGUUCACAAUAGAUCAUUGUGAAAGAUUUUGUAAAAGCCAGCCCAUCAGGCAUAGGCCAAAACAAUUCUGUAAUCUUCUUGCCUGUCACCAGACCACUUGUUUUGAUGCCAAAAAAAGGUUUAAUUAAGCACGAAACUUUGUAGGUCAAGCUCCGAUCACAGCCAAGCUUUACUCUUGAGAGAUCUGGUUUACAAAGCGAACAGGUUGAUUAUUUGAGAUCUCUAAACCGUUUUUCUUUUUGUCAGACCUGGAGUGAUCUACAGGUCACAUGAUCUGUUUCGGGGGUUGGGAGGGUUAUUGCUUGAAUAAAACAGUUUUUUUCUUUUAAAAUUUAGUUCUAUUAUUAUCUUUUUCUUUGGUUUUGCUUCACUUCACAAAUCAGCUCACUUAAGACUGCAAAAAUCAACCUGUUGCUAUAGUAAUAGAAGAAACAGAGGACCACUGCACAAGAGGGGUUCAGUGAGAACAUUUGGCCCUCUCGACUUCUCAUUAGCAUACCAUCCCUGAGCCAAUAGGGAAACAGAAGUUGCUAGAUUGCUUCAAGGAGACUGGCUAUGACAACAGCUCUAUCCUCAUUCCCUCCCCCCUUCCUUCCCGGGGUAAAAUCACCAUAAUCCCUGUAGAGAUCUGCCCUCACUGCAACAGUCACACAGGCAUUGGAAGUCGAUAUGAGAGUAUAUGUGCUAAGGCUCGUAUGAUCAGCUCUCUACAUGGGGCUCCUCAAGGCUACCUUUUUCUGUAGUCUUUCAUAUGGAAGAAGUGGAUGGUUGAAAAGACUCACACUGCAGUCCGGGACCGGCCGUCUAUGGAGGGCCCUUUGUCCUGGCCUGUCUUUGAUGUGAAUGUGGAAUGCGCUGCCUGGGGAGUCCACUGGAGCAAACCCGGACUCUCAGUACCAUUUCAUCCAUCAAAGCGUCUCAGGUCUACUCUUUUAGGGACCUGUUUGGCAAACUUGCUUGCUUGAGGGAUUGUUUGGAGGAUGAAAAUGGUGGAUAUUGUAGCACAGAAAAUGCCAUCAGAGAGUGACGUGCAUAUGGCCCGGAGCUUUCUCACGAAGAUUUUACGAAGUUCCAUGAGAAAGGGCCGAUUUAAAGGGAGAAAUGAACCCAUGAGCAGACCUCACUCCUGGCAUGCCACCAAGUUCAACGAGAGCCACUCAGAAGCCAAAAACCAGUCCACACCCUCACCAGUCUGGCAAACAAGAAAUGAUGCAAGUUCAUUCUCCUCUGAACUCUCAGCCGGCUGGGAGCAAACAAAUCUACGGCGAGUAUCCGAUCAGUUCAGCUCUUUGGGUAGUAUGGACAGCCUAGAGCAUAGCUCUCAUCCCUGUCCACCUGGCCGUCUUUCCCCAAGCAAGUCCAACAAUAACAGCACUGAACAUUUGGGUGGUGGUAAACGAGACUCUGCAUACAGCUCCUUUUCUACAAGCUCAGGAACCCCAGAUUACACACUGUCCAAAAUAAAUGCUGCUUCCACUGAGAACAUGCUGUACAAAAUUAAUCAGUGGGACUCAAGUGGCAGGAACAGCAAUGGCAGGCAUAGCCAAAGCCUAAGCGAUGGGGUACGACAAGAUGAGAGGCUUGGAUACUUGCAGCAUGUCACAAGUUCAGUUAGCCAUGAGACCCCAAAAGCUGAAGAACAGCCAGGCACUCGGCAUUCAAGCUCUGGAAGAGUUAGUAUUGGACCUGUCUGGCAUGUCCCAGAUAUGAAGAAAAACACGGUAUCCUCCACCCCACCUCCCACUCCACCGACACGCAGUGAUAGUUUUGCAGCUACCAAGGUACAUGAGAAGGGUUUGAUCACAAGCUCCUCUGAGGGCCUUGGUGUUCAUGCCCAGUUAAAGCCUCAGGUAAAAGCAUUACAAAAGGCAGGAGAAACUCAUGAAAGUAUGCAAAGGUCUCACCAAGUCAACGAGACAUGUCUUGAGGGUCGACAGGAUUAUAACCUGCACUCCAAAAAUGAUUCCUCAAAUCCCUACAUUUCAUCUGAUGCACAUCAUCAGUAUCCACACCGUAUGUCAUCAGACAAGACAUACUCCCUAUCAACGACAGAUGUCAGGGAUAGACAUCAAUCAUAUGCCUAUGUUCCAUACCAUCCACGGCAGUACAGCGAUGAGGGCACUUUCCACGCUCAAACUAGGACAAUACCAGCACUGAAACCUCCAUUCAGUGGCUACUUUAGCAGUAUGCAGGAGCUGUCCACAAACAACAACAUACAACUCAAUAGCCAGAAUCGAAAUAGAAGGCCAGCUGCAUCACUGUCCAGUCAUGUUGGAGUUACCGCUCAUCAUAUCGCUCAGGGAAUGUCCCAGACUUCUUUAGUGAGAGUUGAUGACUCUAAAGAUUCUUCAGUCUCGGAAAUGUCACACAGUGGACGGGACAGGAUGUCCAUAGGUUCACAAGGAGGAGCAAAAGACCGCUAUUUCCCACCUCAGUCACAGCACCAUGAUACUGAUCAUAAAGACAAUAAUGCCUCCUUCAAACAAAUUGACAUCUAUCUUCGCAAUUUCUCUGUUCCAAGUAAUCCCUUCAAUAUACCUGAUUCAGCAAAACCUUCUGAACUGAGAGGGAGCCAAAGGCAACACCAUGUGUCUAGCUCAAAUGAGCAUUCUGGUAGUUAUCCUCCCAGUAAGCAACCCGAGCACAGGAGAAGUGCUGUUCAUCUCAAUCUUAAAGAGUACUCCCAACAACCCUUUCCAACUAAAAGCGAGUCAAAGAUAUGUCCCCAGAAAACACCUAUGCUGUAUUCUCUGGCCCAAGAGCACAAUGACGACUGUCAAGAUGAGAUCAACAGUGGAAGUGCACAACAGGAAGCCCUUGACCGUCAGAGUGGCAAACAGGCAAGACGAAGUGACCGAUUUGCCACCACCUUGCGCAACGAGAUCCAGAUGAGGAGGUCCCAGCUUCAAAAGAGUCAAAGCUCAGCCACUUUAGAAAGUCCUGUUGAAGCUGUAGAAGAUCCUGCUGUCUGGAAGACCACUGGAACUUCUUCUCCCUCCUCGGAUGGCUGCUUUUCCAGCUCAUAUAAAGACCAUCUGAAAGAAGCCCAGGCCAGAGUCCUCCAGGCUACAUCCUUUAGGAGAAAAGACCUUGAGCCAGUCUUGUUUGAGCAUCCAGGUACUGAGGGUCCCACUCGGAAAGACACACCUCCGCUUCCAGGUGUCUCUGAGGUCCCACCUAGCAAACCCACCUCAGGGAGUAAUCAGGUGCUUCGCAUUGGUAGCCGCAAACGGUUUUCUGCAGAAAAGAAAGUUCAGUCUUUUUCUGAGCCAGAUGAAAUUCAUGAAGUAGGAGUUAAUGAGCGCUCCAGUGUGCCUGAUAAUGCUCCACCCUUGGAAAAUCGGCACAGAUUAUUUGAGGCAGCGGGGAAACCAGUUUUCCCUAAGCCUAUGCCAAAGCAAAACCUGCAUAUAUCUGAAGACACCAGACUGUCCAAGUCGGGAGGCAUGCAUUAUUCUGCAAAGAGUGACACAGCAGGGCAGAGAAACAGUGAAAGCUCAACCCCCAUAGAGCACCACCUUAAUGAAGGUCAGGAUGGCCCCCACUCUGUGAACCGACAAGCCAUGGUAGAACAAAAGCGACUUGGCACCUUUGCAGAGUAUGAAGUCAAAUGGAACAUCCAAAGGAAAGCAGCCGAAACAAGGGUAUCUGGACGAUAUCACUCUGCUGAUAACAUCCUUGAUACAGGGAAUGAGAGACAGAGUAACCCCAUCUGUGUGCAUGAAAGAUCUAGAUCCUCCCCUUCUGCUGACCUCUAUGGGAAGAAACUUCCAGUUCAAGAAAAGAAGUCAGCUGACUAUUCCAAACCUGAGACAAAUCUCUGCGAACAGAAUAAGAAUAGUACAAGGUUACAUGAAAAAGGAUACAGUGAACUCGUAUGCAAGGAGAAACCAGAAGAACCUCCUUUGGCUUUGACUAAAGAACUGGAGAAAAAGACUUUAGAUCCUCCAUCCUGUCAUCAUAAAACUGCACCGCAUUUCUCUGACCAUAGCACUUGCAGUGAACCUUCAACCCUCUCCAAAAACAAGAGCUCUGUUCUCUUGCCCCAUCUGGAGAAGUACAAAUACCCUGAGGGCACACCCCCUCCUCUUAGCAAAUUUCAGGAGGUCCAGCCUGGACCAUCAGGAGGAGUCUUGGCCUCACUUUCUCCUAUCAACAAUCAAAGCUCCGCCCCUCUUUCAGCCUCUGUUCCCUGGAAGGGUUCAGAGCACAGCAAAGGGCCAACCAGGGAGGAGGAGCUACAAGAAGAGCUUGUGCCUCCUCCCUUUCCACCUCCUCCCCCUCCAGCUGUCCUGCCCACUCAACAAACCGCUGGCCCGACCCAGCCCACCAUGGAGGGGCAGCGUUCACCCUCGCCCCAGUUUGCUCCCCAGAGGCUGACUGACAAGCCCCCUGUCUCUGUCUCCAUACAGGAUGAAGCUCCUGGAAGGAUGGAUAGGAUUAAAGAUGAGAACACAUCAGUGAAGAAAGUUCCCAUUAAGAUUGUUCACUUCGAGAGUGACAUUGAAAAAGAAAGUCGACAAUAUCUUGACCUGCCCAUCGAGACCCCUGUCAGCUCUCAAGGACCUGGAGGAACUCCUCUUCAGAGUUUGGGGAACCCAGAUCAGUCAUACUCUCUGUUCUGUACGUACACCAGGCAAAAGGACCAGGGGCCUGGUCUGAGAGAAGCAGAUAUGGGUCCUCUGAAAGACCAGGGUCCACAAACCAACAUGAACCCAGUAUCUUAUGCGUUACAUAGCCUGCAGACGAUCCCUUUUUCAGAUCAAAGCAGCAACGGAGUGUCUUCACAUCCCUCGCAGUCAGAUGAUGACAAAAAAACAAAGGAGCUAGCUAGAGACAUAAUGGACAAAGACAAGUCCCUAGUGGACAUUUUAGACCAGAGUAAGAUGAAGACCACCAUGGAUCUGAUGGAGGGGAUUUUCCCUCAGGGAGAGCAGUUACUGGAGGAGGCCCAACAGCGCAGGAAAGCUGCACCUAAACCGCUCUCUCCUCGCAACUCUGUAGAGAAGAAAGAGGAGGACAGCCCGGUGGCAGCCACUGCUUUAGGGACUAAUUCAACCUACUACAGUACAUCUGCACCCAAAGCAGAGCUGCUGAUUAAGAUGAAGGACAUGCAGGAACAGAGUGUGGAACACAGCUCCGAGGAGGAGCUGGAGGAGGACGAUGAAAGUGAUCUUGCCAGCAGGAAGCAAGAGUUGAUUGACAGUCUCAGCAAGAAGUUGCAGGUGUUGAAGGAAGCUCAGGAGAGUCUACAGGAGGAUGUGCAGGACAACAAUGCUCUCGGGGAGGAAGUUGAGGCCAUCGUACAGGGUGUUUGCAAGCCUAAUGAACUUGAAAAGUUCCGUAUGUUCGUUGGAGAUCUUGAUAAAGUGGUCAACCUUCUGCUGUCUCUGUCUGGACGCUUGGCUAGAGUAGAGAAUGCCCUGAACAGCCUGGAGGAAGACGCUUCACUGGAGGAGAGGCGUACACUGACAGAGAAACGCAAACUUCUGAUCCGUCAACAUGAGGAUGCUAAGGAGCUGAAGGAGAAUCUGGACAGGAGAGAACGGGUGGUCUACGACAUCCUGGCCAGCUACCUGUCAGAGGAGAAUAUGGCUGACUAUGAGCACUUUGUGAAGAUGAAAUCCGCCCUUAUUAUAGAGCAACGAAAGCUUGAGGACAAGAUAAAACUCGGGGAGGAGCAGCUCAAUUGUCUGAUGGACAGUCUCCCAAUGGACCAGAGGAUAAGCAACUGAGGACUUAAAAAACAGUUCAUGCAGUGAUCACUCUUAAUAACAGGGUUCCAAAGCAGUCCAUAAUGUGCUCCAUUUACUGCCAAUGGAAUUGCAUUCUGGUCAUAUAUUGAGUGGUCCUCGUCUGCCCUGGCAGACAGCAUUUUGGCAUGACUCAUGAAAGUGCUGGGCACUUUCAGAUCGUGAUUUGACCAAAUCACCUGUCGGCUGAUCUUAUACUUUCAUGACCUUUCAAUGAUACACGACCCAUAGAAUUAUAUGGUGAAUUAAUAAUACAUUUUAAAAGACGCUUUAAAUUUUUUCUCACAUCUAUUUAAAUAGAUCAUGCCCUUUUUGCCCCUAUGUGCUCUCAAAACUUGACACUCUGUAUGUCUUGCUCACUCACUGUGCUGUAUCUUUUUAACCACUAGAGGGCAAUGAAAGACACCUCAAAAUGUCUAUUGCCUGAACGCCAAUACAAACACUUGUGAUUCAAACAUACACUCAAAUCCCAGUGGCAUAAAGCUUUGCACAUGUAAGCUGUGUUUCUAUUUACCCCAGGAGGUUGUAAUUAACUUCCGAAAAUGACUUUUUGAUGGUGCAUUAUUUCAAAUGACGUGUCACUUUCCUGGUCAUGUUAAAAAUAAAUCAGUUAUAUUUUUAGUAAUUUAUUUUAGCCUUUUGAAUCUUUGUAUAUAACUAGAAUAGGCUAGAAUUGUACUCUUUCACUUUAUUUUAGCCAAGCAAACUACCACUUUAGUCUGCGCGCUUUUUAUAGAUGUAUUUCACCAUACAAUGCAUUGUAACAUCAGAAUUAGGAUUGACUGUAAGUAUUCUGCUGUUUAAAGAAUCUAGACUUGCAUAAACUCUAAAAUAUUAUUUCACUAAGGAUCCAGUGCUUGUCUAUAAAAUACCAGCUGCCUUUUACUCCAA